ACUUAAACAAUUCACACACACACUUUUCAAUUUUACACACAUUUUGUUAGAUUUUAUACGACUGUAAGCCACGUUAAAGAAUAUUGCGAGCUUAAAAUGGAUAGUGGCCAACAGGAUGACGAAACUGAUUUCCUGUUCGAUAUUGUGGUCACUAGCUUGGACUUGGAAAAGCCAGUCAAGGAAACCGAACUAUUGGAAGCGCAAGUUAAAUUCGGUGGUGUCAAUAUUAAAAUCACAAACAGUCGAAUAAAUGUCCAGGAUUUCGUAAACAACAGAGUGACCCAGUUCACCACUAGUCCAUCUGCAUUGCGACAGUCCCUGGAAGAUCAAGGAAUGCAGAUAUCCGCCCGUUACGCAGGCUCAUCCUUGGGAAGUAAUGUGCUGCUCUUUCCGGACACCUUUAUCGAUAAAAUAAGCUCCCAAAUGAAUGACCUUUUCUUCGAGGCCACAAUAAAUCUAAUGCGCCGAGCUGACUGCAUUGGCACCAUUACCAUUCGCUUAGUAUUGAUCAUUAAGUGCAUAGAUACUGACAUCAUUAAGGAACCGCGAAGAUCCAGUUCCCCUCGAAUGUCCCGAAAAUCCAUUGCUGAGGAUAUACUUCCCAAAAAAGGGCUGAAAAAAGAAAGUUGCCAAGGAUUGGGACCGACAUUAAACCCCCAGGACGUGAUGUUUGUCAUUGGUGAUCCCGAUCCUCUGCUAAAGAUUCCAUCAGAGCCGUGCUCGGAACUUCUGUUUGAGGAUGGGGAUGUGCGAUUGGAUCUGGACUUACGGCGCUAUAGGAGCUUGGAAAAUCGUCGCUUAGUUUUACCAGAUGACGAUCCCUGUCUCAAGGAGAAACCCUCAAUUAGUCAACUAAGGCAACUGACACAUCAUUACUCAAGGAUCAUUGGAAUGGUAUCAGAUAAAAUUAAGCAAAUGCAUCUGCCUUCUAGCUCGGCGGAUCCCCUAUCAGAAAAGACUGCUCCUAUUUCAAGCACACCCCAGGAACCAAUGGAAGAUCGCAUAAUACCAGUUCCUAUAAAAGAUGAUACUGACAACGAUAUAAAUCCCAUUCGGUUUUGCCCUUUUUGCUUGUAUUCCAUGUCCUGGCUACCGAAGUAUGCCAAAUGCCCCAGAUGCAAUGCUAUAGCUCUUCCUGAGCUCGAAGAACACCACAGUCGUCAAAUAACAGCGGAUGAAAUUGUAGAAGAGCAGCUGGUAAAACCAAAAUAUGAAGAACCCAAAGAGGAUCCAUGCCAAGGCCCUAUUAAACAUACCAAGCCAUUAAAGAAAAAGAAUAAACCUGUUUUGGGUGAACCACUUCAAAUUUCUUCUGAAACUGAGUCUGAAGAGGAGUGUCCUCCAUGUCGCUGUACUUGUUCCGCCGAUAGGACUUGCGCCCAUUGCCGUAUUCGCAGGAUGUGCGAGGACGUCUUUAGCAGCGAGAAAGGAAAACCGCAAGAGCAGGAGCAUGUAAAGGUUCCAAGCCCCCGCGAAGGAGAGGAUUUCUGUGUGGUAACACACCCCAGUAACGAUCGCACUUACCUCUCCAGAGUUUUAAACGAGCUUAAGUAUCUGUAUCACAAGCACGAUACCAAGAAGCUCUUAGAAAUGCAGAAGCGAUGCGAAUCCCAAACUCUACUGCCAAUUGGAAGUAGAUCUUCCAUAACGCUUAUGCGCCCCCCCAGUGCCUUCGAUCCUCACGUUCCCGGUACUUUUAAACGACAGACGGCGGGUCACAGAACCUGCUUGCCGGACCUACACCUUGUUCCUCGUCACCACGGUUGGAACUGGCCAAGAUCAUGGCUGGCCAAAAAGUACGGCUGGAGGCCUGGGGCCAUCCUACGAGCAGCUAGUCAAGUGAUGCGCUUCUUCCUAAUGGGCAAAAAGGAUCGUAGCAUCUGCAAAAAGAUAUCCGACGAACAAGAUGAGCGAGAACGGAGAAGCCUGCCAAUACUUAAUAUUUGCAAAAAGGACGGAGUGAUAUUUGUUACCCUUCGCGCCCUGCCCACUUUGGAUAUGAAACAGAGACCCAUAACCUUCCGGAUUGUGAAGAGCGAACUGGCGGUGGCACUGCGUCAAAUCAAGCGCGCUUUAAAGGAUCAGGGUUUUAGGAAGUGCACGUGCCACAAGUCCCUUAUGCUGUGCACCUGUCGCGAUGCCUUGGAGAAGUUCGAGCUCAACAAAGCCCUCAAAGAGGAAUGCCAGCGACGAAUCAUGGAACCCUGUCCCGAGCACUUGGUGCUCACCGAUACAAGCAUCAGUGACCUUGAGUUUAACCUGGAUGUCACACCGCCAGCGGGAACACGUUGGCCGAAGGCUAAAGCCCUCCAGAACAUGGUGAACCAUGGAACACAGACUCAGAAGAAAGGCAUACAAUCUAUAGAGCCCAAGUACCCUGUUUCCGACAGUCCCUAUUGGAGGGCCUUCGAUUGCGCAGCGGGAGAUCGCUAUAUGGGCACCGCCUUCGGGGACAAUGUGGAGACGGUGUUCGAGGAUGGCAUAUUUGGGUAUAGAGGAGGAGGUCAGCAUGGAAAGGCUCCCUGUCCGCGAGAUCCAAGGAUUUGGGGAAUGCGUACAGGUGCACCAAUGCCAAUUGGCACUGGUCAAGAUGCCAUCGAUCCAUAUAGGUUCACCAGGACCGUUUGGAAGACACUUCCAAAAAAUAUUAUUCGCCAAAUGCACACAAAUCGCCAAUUGUAG